UCUCCGCCUUGGACCUGCCGCCACCCUCUUCUCUCGAGCGAGUCGUUUUGCCACAGACCGGCGAAAGGGCAGGACCACCGAGCUUCUGCGACCUAUCCAUGUGUCCGCUGCAUGCUUCGCCGCUUUAUUUGGAUGCAUCGCUUCCCUUCAUCCGAAAACAUGGGACAGCAUCGGCUAACCCGGCAGUUGAUAAGAGCGCACAUUUCGACGGCAACUUGCGCCACGGCGCUGCAACUUGGGCGCAGCGCUUAUUGACCAUGUUUGCUCAGCUUCCUGGCGUGCUCGUGUCGCUUUCUGCCUUCCGCAGAACGCCGGUUUCCAGUCGUGCAUUAGUGCACCGUGUUGCGUCGCGACGGCCUCUGGCUACGAUGCCUACAGCGAUCUCUACAGAAUGAGUGUUGACUCGUAGAAUGCCUGGAAUAAGUGGCCAUGUCCUUGCGACCUUCUUCAGCUGCUGGCGUUCUGUGGACUAGGAAGGCGUUUUGUGAUCAGAGACCGACCCUCCCAACUGAGCGUCACGACGCAGAGUGCCAUGCUGCCUUACUUAUAUUUACGCUGGUCUGUGUUGCCGUGUCCAUCGUGUGAAAUGCGAGCCUUAUUAGUAUUAGCGUGUUUAGCGAUAUCGACCGCUCAGGUGCCAGUGCGAAAGUUUUCCUCUUCCAAAAGUCCUCUGCAGAAUGUCAUUUACCUUAGAUUGCCGGGAGCCGAAGGCAUUGUGGUAGUGGCUGGACGCAACGCACUCUACAAACUGUCAGCGGAAAACUUAUCCCUCCUGGCUACUUACGUCACUGGUCCCCAAGAUGACAAUCUGCAGUGCCGCCCUUAUCCUUACUACUGCAAUUACACGCGAAUAAGAGCUGACAACGACAAUCAAGUUCUCCUGCAGUUACCCUCUCCGCACGUGCUUGCAUGCGGAACAAUUUCUCAAGGUAUGUGUGCCAUUCAUCGUCCUCUGGAGGGCCUUACCGUCGCCGAGCCCAUGUACGUAAACAGUACAAUCAAUUACGUCGCUUCAAGGGUCAGCACUGUCGCUUUCUUUGGCACCGGCAACAACAAGAACGUCUUGUUUGCGGCAUCGACUUACGACGGUAGGCCUCCGGAGUACCACCCGUACGCAGUGUCCGCCAGAGUGCUAGACGAGCGUAAUGUCUUCAGACUGCGUUCUUCGGCAACACGAGGCUCCUCGUUCGUGAACGUGAUUGACAGGUAUAAGCAGAACCACAAGAUUCGUUACUUGCACGGCUUCACCCACAAAGGUUUCGCAUACUUUGUGACUGUGCAGAAAGGUCUGCAGACUCCAAUGCCCCCCGAAACACGAAUAGCACGUGUCUGCGAGAACGACACGUCGUUCCGCACGUACACUGAGAUUUUGAUAGCAUGUGAAAGUGGAAAUAAUCGGUACACCAACGCUUCCAGUGCGGUCUAUGGACCAAAUGAGACGGACCAUGGUAGUAGUGGCAAAGUUCUCCUCGUGGCUUUUUCACCGCACGGUGAGAAUCUGACGAAAAACUCCCGCCCCAAGUUCGCACUGUGCCUUUUCGACAUGAAUCGCGUCGAAGAACAGUUCCGCGAGACGAUUAACAACUGCAACGACGGCAAGCAGGAGGCAGCCCGGUGGUCGCGUCUCUUCAACAACGGGGACAAGCUUACAUGCCAAGUUUACAAACCACGUAGCGAGAAUAUUUGUUUAGCGGGCAUCAACAACUACAUUGAAGGCGUUGCUCCACUGCUGGCUACAUCGAUGGUCACCCUCGGAAGCACAGUAACGUCGCUGACGGUGACACAGCAGAACCUAACUAUUGUUGCAUGGGUCGGUGAUUUACAAGGAAAUCUGCACAAGUACGUGAUUUCAGGUGAAUCGAUGAGGUUGGAGCACCUUUGGACUGGCCACAUUGCAUCUGUUCCCAUUGAGAGAGCCACAGCCGUGGAUCACGAUGGUUCUCAUGGAUAUUUUCUUGCGGGAAAUAGUGUUAUACAGUUUCCAGUAGGUUCGUGCAUCGUCUACAAGGCCUGCUCGGACUGCUUGCAGAAAACCGCAGACCCACUGCAGUGUGGCUGGUGUCACGACAGGUGCGCGCAUUCCCACGAGUGUCCUGCAGAACAAUGGGUCUCGGAUCGCUGUCCCAUAGUAGUUAACAAAGUGCGUCCGAAGAAAGGUCCGACUGCAGGAGGCACCUUGCUCAACAUUGAAGGCGACAAUUUCGCUUCCGUUAUCUAUAACCCCGAGAAGAGCGUCAACGUUACCGUUGGUAGUCAGUUGUGCGAAGUCAUCACGUGGUCUACGCGGCGUAUCCAAUGCAAAACACCACCUGCACGCAAUGACUCAUUAGUAGACAUUAUUAUACACGUAAAUGACGUGGCCAACAGUGAGCUGAGGAAAUACGAUAUCUUGGAUCGUCAUGUCAUUGCUUCCGGCUUCGAAUAUAAGGACUCAAGAUUAACAGGCAUAUUUCCGAAUCACGGGCCGUUGGCCGGUGGAACGUCUGUCAUCCUUCGCGGCACGCACCUCGACUCUGGGUCCGAAAGAAAGGUGACAAUCGGUACGAAAGAAUGCAAAGUAAAAUGGUUCAAUGAGACGGUGCUGGAGUGCCUUUCAAGUCCUGUGGAUAGCAGCUUUGUGGGCCAGAGUCUGCAAGUCAAAGUCACCACAGAUAAUGCCGAAGUGCUUUUUGCCUCGAGAAACAAUAUGACCUCCACAUUCACCUACAAGCCGAACCCGGCGAUCGACAGCAUCGUACCAGUCGAAGCGUCUGUCAGCGAAGUCCCAAGAAUUAAUGUGACGGGCGCCAACUUGGACAGCGUCGUUGCACCCAUGAUGGUCACUCAGGUGUCAUCUGCGAGAAAUUCCUACAUACACCAAGAGAUAGAAAAGGCCUGUAUGGUCGCUGACGGUGGCCACGAGAUGACGUGCAGCGGCCCAUUGUUGACAGAGUUCUCAGUGCUCAGCUCAGCAGAUUUGCAAGCGCACGACAAGCCCAUCGUAGCGCAUAUCACAUUCAAGAUGGAUGGACUGCUGCUGCCACUGCCAAUAAAUGGCAAGCCCGCACAUUUCACAUUUACCUAUCGUCUGGAACUGUGCGUCACCCGCUUGCCCGAUGAAGGAACCGCAGUUGACAUUUGGCACCCUGUGGUGGAAAUAAGGGGAAAGCUGUUCGACGUUCUUAUUAACAGCACACUGCUUUCCGUUCGUGUUGACGGCGUGGAUGAUGCGUGCAGUGUUACGAAAAUACUUUCCGAACUAAUUGUUUGUACGCUGAACAGCACUGCGUGGGAUGAUGAUCUACUUCAUCAUCUUGACGUUGUGUACGCGGAUCGCGUCUACCCAGUGGGUAGUAUCAGGCUGGUUAAGGUGGUAAAGGAGAAGCCGCUGCCCUGGUCGUCCCUCGGUGCCAUUGCCGGUAUUACUGUAGCCCUCCUACUUGCUUUCGUGGUCGGUGUUGGAGUUCUCCUCUACUGUCGGUUCCGUGUGUGUAAGACCCAGCCUCCCGUUUACUUCGUCGACUUUGACAACCGCCUGAUCGAGAACCGUGCAUCGGCCAGUGGAGACUGUCAAAGAUACCAGGAUCCUAAAGAAGGCGUCACAAAGCAGACCACGGAACCCACCGCCUUUCAACUUGAUGAAGAAACAAAAGCCAUUCUAGAGGCUGACAAGCUACUCUUCAAGAGAGAGUUCAUCGUCCUGGGUCCGGUAGUAGGACAAGGACACUUCGGUUGCGUGUACCGAGGCACACUGGAACUGCAAGGCAAGGACGAAGUGAUCAGAGUUGCAAUAAAGACAUUACACAACAACUCUCGUGGAGGUGACACCGAUUGCCAGCAGUUCUUGAAGGAGGCACUCAUAAUGAAAGAUUUCACCCAUGUGAACGUGCUUCCACUUAUUGGUCUGUGCUUGGACGAAAGAGACGGACUCAUGGUCAUCACACCUUACAUGAAACAUGGAGACCUCCACUCCUAUCUACGCAACGAGAUGAAUAGUCCCACGUUAAGGCACCUGAUAACCUUCGGCAUACACGUGGCGGAGGGCAUGGCGUAUCUCGCGCACCUGAAGUUUGUGCACAGAGACCUAGCCGCUAGGAACUGCCUGCUCAGCGAAGAGCUCAUCGUCAGGAUUGCCGACUUUGGUCUCUCGCGCGAUGUGUAUGAGAAAGAUUAUUACAGCGAUCAAGACAGAAAGACCAAGCUGCCGGUGAAGUGGAUGUCCCCAGAAAGCUUAGAGGCUGGCGUGUACGACCACAAGACAGACGUGUGGUCAUACGGCGUGCUCUUGUGGGAGCUCAUGACGCGCGGAGCGGUGCCCUACGCUCAUGUCGACAGUUGGGACAUGCUUAGCUUCCUGAAGAACGGACGCCGGAUGCAGCAGCCAUAUUUCUGUCCUGAUCAGCUGUAUGCGAUUAUGCUUCAGUGUUGGGAGCUGGAUCCUGAGAAGCGCCCCACAUUCGCAAGGCUUGCUGCAGACGUCGCAAGUGUGAUCACUAACCUUGAGAAGAAGGAGGAUGACAAGAGCAUCAUUUUGAACGUCACAUACGAGAAUGGUCCGCGAGCCAACAUCGCAGGUGUUUUGACGCCGGGAUUACUGUCAGCUAACAAAGGGGAGUGAUGCUGUUUGUGCAGGACAAAGAAGAAAGUUUUUUUGAGCAAAACCUUUAUGUGUCUGGGCAGCGAUUCAAAGCAAGUAUAGUCAACACCGCGGCAGAUGCCAUAUGCCAUAAGGGACGAUGCUAGGCGUAGAAAUCUGUUUCAGGUAACAGAACGGGCAGCCAGGUUUGUAAGCUUUACUGCCAAUCAGUCGAAUGAAAGUCACAUAGCUGCAGACCAUCGUUUCGUCCACCAGGCCCUUGUACAUCACAAGGCUGCAACUCUUUCUUAGAUGGCCUAAGUUCGGUCAUGAGGCAUAUGGAUGAAAAGGGGAUAAGGCAAUGUGGAAUGUUCAAGAUAAAAAAAAAACAUUCCUCCCUUUUUGUUUUGUUUAUGCGAAGCAAUAUUGGAUUUUAUCUACAACUUUCCUUGUAGAGUGGGCAGGCUGGUAUGAGUCAACUAACCUACAAAGCAGUGCCUGGGAGCAUACUUCUGUUCUGCAUAAUAAAGAAAUAAAUC